AGCUUGCGCGUGCGCGGCGCGGCGCUGCGGAGACCGUUGGCUCAUUUGCAUGUCCCCGCCUCGCGCGGCGGCGGCGGCAGCGGCGGCGGGUCAGAGAAACAUGGCAGCUAGGCGAAUUGCACAGGAGACUUUUGAUGCUGUUUUGCAAGAAAAAGCUAACCGAUAUCACAUGGACCCCAGUGGUGAGGCCGUAGGUGAAGCUCUUCAGUUUAAAGCUCAAGAUCUUCUAAGGACAGUCCCACGAGCCAGAGCAGAUAUGUAUGAUGACAUUCCUAGUGACAGCAGAUACACUCUGGCUGGAUCUGUAGCCCACCCUCGAGACACUGGGAGAGAAAGCCUGAGAGGUGAUGUAUUUCCAGGACCUUCUUUCAGAUCAAGCAACCCUUCUGUAAGUGAAGACAGCUUCUUUCGCAAAGAAUGUGGUCGGGAUCUGGAAUUUUCCCACUCUGAUUCCCGAGACCAAGUUUUUGGCCACCGGAAAUUGGGACAUUUCCGUUCUCAGGACUGGAAAUUUGCACUCCGUGGCUCUUGGGAACAAGACUUUGGCCACCCUGUUUCUCAAGAAUCCCCCUGGUCGCAGGAGUAUAGUUUUGGUCCUUCUGCACUACUGGGGGAAUUCGGUUCCUCCAGGCUGAUUGAGAAAGAGUGUUUGGAGAAAGAGAGUCGGGAUUACGACGUGGACCGUCCAGGGGAGACAGACUCUGUGCUGAGGGGCAGUGGCCAAGUCCAGGGCAGAGGCCGGGGUCUAAACAUCGUUGACCAGGAGGGGGCCCUUUUAGGAAAGGGGGAGACUCAGGGCCUCCUCCCAUCUAAAGGGGGAGUUGGAAAGCUUGUCACACUAAGAAGUGUGAGUACGAAAAAAGUACCCACUGUAAACCGUAUUACUCCCAAAACUCAGGGCACCAACCAAAUCCAGAAAACCACCUCAAGUCCUGAUGUGACCCUGGGGACGAACCCAGGGACAGAAGAUAUCCAGUUUCCUACUCAGAUCCCUUUGGGGCUCAGUCUGAAGGAUAUUCGGCUCCCCAGAAGAAAGAUGAGCUUUGACCUCAUAGAUAAGUCUGAUGUUUUUUCGAGAUUUGGGAUAGAAAUAAUCAAAUGGGCAGGAUUCCACACCAUAAAAGAUGAUGUUAAAUUUUCCCAGCUUUUCCAGACUCUCUUUGAACUCGAAACCGAAACCUGUGCUAAAAUGCUUGCUUCAUUCAAAUGCUCCUUAAAACCAGAGCACAGAGAUUUUUGCUUUUUUACUAUCAAAUUUUUAAAGCACUCUGCUUUGAAAACACCCAGAGUUGAUAACGAGUUUUUAAAUAUGCUUUUAGACAAAGGUGCUGUGAAGACCAAAAAUUGCUUUUUUGAAAUCAUAAAGCCCUUUGACAAGUAUAUAAUGAGGCUUCAAGACCGGCUUCUGAAGAGCGUCACACCCCUCCUCAUGGCCUGCAAUGCCUAUGAGCUGAGUGUCAAAAUGAAGACCCUCAGCAAUCCCCUGGACUUGGCUGUUGCCCUGGAGACCACCAAUUCUCUCUGCCGGAAAUCUCUAGCCCUCUUGGGACAGACUUUCUCCUUGGCCUCUUCUUUCCGGCAAGAGAAAAUCUUAGAAGCUGUCGGCCUCCAAGAUCUAGCUCCCUCUCCUGCCGCGUUUCCAAAUUUUGAGGACUCUACUCUGUUUGGAAGAGAGUACAUCGAUCACCUGAAGGCCUGGCUGGUCAGCAGUGGGUGUCCCCUCCAGGUCAAGAAAGCCGAACCCGAGCCAACCCAAGAUGAGGAGAAAACGGUUCCUCCUACCAAACCCGAAGUCCAGGCCACGUCUCCAAGUGGGCUGAGUGAUGCGGUUCCUCAGCGAGCAGAUCACAAGGUGGUGGACACUAUCGACCAGCUGGUCACACGUAUUGUUGGAGGCAGCCUGUCUCCCAAAGAGAGAACUCUUCUCAAGGAGGACCCUGCUUACUGGUUUUUGUCUGAUGAUAGUAGUCUGGAGUAUAAAUAUUACAAACUGAAGCUGGCAGAAAUGCAGAGGAUGAGCCAUACCUUACCAGGAGCAGAUCAAAAGCCCACAGCAGCAGAGUGUGCGGUCCGGGCCAUGCUGUAUGCUCGGGCAAUCCGGAGCCUCAAGAAGAAGCUCCUCCCCAGCCGGCGGCGGGGGCUGCUCCGCACUCAAGGGCUCCGGGGCUGGAAGGUGAGGAGAGCAACCACUGGGACCCAGACCCUCCUGUCCUCGGGUGCCAGACUGAAACACCAUGCCCGGCAGGCUCCAGGUUCAUUGCAGGGAAAGCUGUCCCAGCCAGAUGGAAAUGCUGCUGCCAAGGACUGCCCACCAGACCCAGCCGGACCCUCUCCUGGGGACCCCAGCCCAGAAGCCUCGGGCCCAUCCCCCAAGCUAACAGGAGUGGAAGUCUCUGAAGCCCCUCAAACUUCCUCUCCCUGCCCAUCUGCUGACGUUGACAUCAAGACAAUGGAGACUGCAGAGAAACUGGCCAGAUUUGUUGCUCAGGUGGGACCAGAGAUCGAACAAUUCAGCAUAGAAAACAGCACCGACAACCCUGACUUAUGGUUUCUCCAUGACCAAAAUAGUUCAGCCUUCAAAUUCUAUCGAAAGAAAGUAUUUGAACUAUGCCCAUCGAUUUGUUUUACAUCAUCUCCACUGAACCUCCACGCCGGUGAGAGUGCUGAUUCUCAGGAGAGCCCCCAUGACCCCAUGGAAGGGGAAGGAGAGUUUGAAGAUGAUCCCCCUCAGCACGAGGCUGAGCUGGAGAGCCCGGAGGUGAUGCCUGAGGAGGAGGAUGAGGAAGAGGAGGAGGAGGAAGACGAGGAGGAGGAGGAGGAGGGGGGCGAAGAGGCCUCCGCUCCUAGAGGGACCUCCAGGCCAGCAGGAGCGGCUGCCAAGUCUGAGUGCUCUGAGGGCAGCCCCCCCACAGAUGGCCUCCCGAGCGAGGCGGCCGAAGAUGGCCCAGCUGGUGCGCCUGCCCUGUCACAGGCCUCCUCGGGCGCCUGCUUCCCCCGAAAGAGGGUCAGCAGCAAGUCGUUGAAGGUUGGCAUGAUUCCAGCUCCCAAGAGGCUGUGUCUCAUCCAGGAGCCCAAAGUUCAUGAGCCAGUUCGCAUCGCCUAUGACAGACCUCGGGGUCGUCCCGUGUCCAAAAAGAAGAAACCCAAGGACUUUGACUUUGCCCAGCAGAAGUUAACCGACAAGAACCUGGGGUUCCAGAUGCUGCAGAAGAUGGGCUGGAAGGAGGGCCAUGGCCUAGGCUCCUGUGGGAAGGGCAUCAGGGAACCCGUCAGCGUGGGAACUGCCUCGGAAGGGGAGGGGUUAGGUGCCGACGGGCAGGAGCGCAAGGAAGACACAUUUGACGUGUUCCGUCAGAGGAUGAUGCAGAUGUACAGACACAAACGGGCCAACAAAUAGGUAUGUGUGUGAGCUAGUGCGUGGGGCUUUCUGCCUAAGUUGACAUUCUGGUACGUAGAGACGAUUUCUCCAGAAAAGUCAGAGAUCCCCGUUCCCAAAACCAAACGUCAAACCACACACAUACACAAAAAAAAUCAAAAAAUUCUAUGAGGGUAACCAGGAGCGUUUAGACAUGGAUGUGUCCCGCCUCUCACCUUCCAGGUUUGGUUGAAGGAGCGAGCCCCACGCUCACCAAGCAUGGCCGCACAGCUAUGUGCAGCUCAACAGCGGGCCUUGGUGCAGGGCUCCCAGGCUCAACUGCACGCGGCCAUCCUGGGGAAAUAGGCCACCGCGGCAAUGGCCUUGCGUCCUGCACGUGUAAGGGCGAUCUGGAAGCUGUCACUGCAGAGGGCAGUGGCUUUGCCACAUCCCUUUCUGAGCAUCUUCAAAUCCUUUCGUUCUCAAGGGCCUUGGGCCCAUAUAAAUAUCCCGUUCUUUCUGCUCUCUUUUUAGCUGCCUUCCCCACCCGUAAUUUCCAACUCAGUUUUGAACAAAAUCGUUCUCUCCCUGAAUAGAUGAAACCAUUGGUGAGAAAGAUCAGGCUUGAAGGAGCACUUACUCUUAGAGCGCCACCUCUGCCCUGGAUCUGCCCUGGAGCCAGUGCCCAAGUAGGUUUGGUGUGUCCACGAGAAACAGAACGUCUCUGCAGGUCCUGUACGGAGGUUCCGCUGGCUUUUCUUCUUCUUCUUAAAGGAUAAAAGAGUGCAUCAUUCCCCAUCUGCUUUUGCUUUCCCCCCUUCUUCUAAAUGCUUGUGGCAGCCAGUCCCCUGCAGGUCUUUCCUGGUCCCCCCUCAGAAGGGGUACUGCCCUUGGAUAGUGCUCAAGAGCCAGCUCCUGUCGGGUUUCCCGUCCCAGGGAACUCUCUCUAGAAGUGCUCUGUUAGCAAACUUGAUGCCAAACUGAUGACAGAUUGUGUCUUUGUGUGGUUUGCAGACUGUAAAUGGGGGACAGAAUUCAGUAUUAGCCAAGUCCAUGCUGGUAGUGCGGCCUGCCGGUCGGAGCUCUUUGAACAAGUGGAGAUACUUGAUUCGAUGAACGUGUUAUUUAUGGAGUCUCAGCUCUUAAGUGCAUCCCAAGAGACUUAAUGGAAGUUUAGCAACAGUAUAAUAGAGCCGUAUUCACUGGGGAGUAAUCAUUACAUUGAUGAAACUUCCCCCAAAUUCACAUGGCUCCUUAGAAUCCACCAACUACAGUGUGCUUCGUUUUAAAACCACAUAUGGAGUCUCUCCUACAAGGGGCUGGGAGUGUAAACUCUUCAAGACGCUUCAUUUUUGGCAUGUGCAGUAGGGUAAAGAAUUGUUUUCUCAGAGCCUUUGUACGGAACAGAAAGCAUCCUCUUGGGGCGGGCUCCGCAGCUGUUUGCUAUUUCCAGGCGCGUGAUUGCCUCCCUUCCAUCUUCUCCCAGCGCUCCGCUCCUCGCAGCUACGUGCGAAGUUCUCAGGCUGUGGGAAUCUCAGCCCUUCCUCAUAAAGCAGCAGUGUUGAAGUUUUAAAUACGUGCUAAAACCUGGGAAACUUGGGAUCCUGCUGACACUACAAGCUUGGGGGACACAGCAGCCAGUUACCGUGUUGGCCAGUCUUCACUUUUUUAAAGCCACAGGCCCCAACUGUGGUCCCAGCUUGCUCCGCUCUGUCUUGUCGGGCCCACACCCACCGUCACAGGCCUGUGCCGUAUCUCUUCCAGGCUCUGCUUGCUUCUGGUUGCUUCUGUUGCAUGGGCAACAGGCAGAUCUUUAUGGCCAGGGAGAUGCUAGAAAUGCCUCCGCAGAGUUGAAGCAGCCUGCACAGGUGGUGUGGUUUGGGGGAACCGCAGCCGUAGGGGUUCAUCUCUUUUCUUUCCUAAUCCUUCCAGUAGCCUUCCUUGUUGGCUGUGGGUUGGGCACAUGGAUGGAACUCUGAGAACAGGGCCUCUGUCCUCUGGCCUUUCACAGAGUGCCCAUCGGCCCUGAGCAAGGCAUGUACUCCCCAAAUAGGUUCUAGCUCUUUCUCUCCAGCAUAGACAGCUCUGACCAUCAUAUUCACUUUGUGCUAGUAUAUUCGUUCUUGGAUUUCUCCGCUUUUGUUUGUGAGUAAAAUGCUUUAGGAAUUACCAGGGUAUAAGCUCUGUCCCCGCAGCCUCCUGCCACCCUUUCUCCUGGGGAUAUCCCGCUUCGAGCUGACCCCGUGAGCCUUUAGCACACAUCAAAGAGAACACCUCCUUCUUGAUCCUGGAAAGUCCUCUGAGCACUCAGGCGAUGCUUUUCCUGUGGGUGUGGUAUCAUAGGAGCCGGGGCGGAGCCUGGUGGCGAGUCCUUGUGCCAGCUGUCGGCCAGGGACCAGCCCAGGGACCAGCACUGGCCCUCUGAGCUCGCCCUUGCUCCCUCUGGCGAAGUCUGCUCACGGGGAGUGUGCGUGCGAGUGUGGUGUGUGGUUGCAUAGCCUUGUCAAAGUCACAGUGUCUUUUCUGUCAUUCUAGUUCCAGGGUCUCUUCCAUGAGGACGACAGGCAUCCGGAAAGUACUAACUCACCACUUUGGGUGCUUACUGUCUCUGGCUUGUUUCCAUCACUGGAAAUCAUAUAGAGAAUUUUAGCGUUUUGGUCCUUGGUAAAACCUAGAAGACAUUUGUGAUGUUACAAAAUGGAAGUUUUGGGUUUUUUCUUUUUUUUCUUUUUUCUUUCCUUUUUUUAAAUCUAAGAAGUUGUGAAUGUUGUUAAUCAUUUAGCAGUUGCAAUAAAUGUAGAGGAAACCCAA